AUGGGGCCCGAGUGCCGCGUGUGGACGGCGAUGCUGCUGCUGGGGACGUGCCUGCUGUACUGCGCCCGCGUGGCCGUGCCCAUCUGCGCCGUGGCGCUGAGCAGCCGCUUCGGCUGGGACAAGAAGCAGUCGGGCAUCGUGCUGAGCAGCUUCUUCUGGGGCUACUGCCUGACGCAGGUCAUCGGGGGACACAUCAGUGACCGAAUAGGAGGUGAAAAGGUCCUUCUGCUCUCAGCGUCGGCCUGGGGCUUCCUCACGGUCGUCACCCCUCUGCUCACCCACCUCAGCUCGGCCCACCUGGUCCUUUUGGCCUCGUCCCGGUUCCUUAUGGGGCUGCUGCAAGGGGUGUAUUUCCCUGCCCUGGCCAGCCUCCUCUCGCAGAGGGUGCGGGAGAGCGAACGUGCCUUCACCUACAGCACCGUGGGCACCGGCUCCCAGUUCGGCACGCUGGUGAUUGGCGGCGCAGGAUCUCUCCUGCUGGACUGGUACGGCUGGGAAAGUGUUUUCUACUUCUCUGGCUUGCUCACUUUGCUCUGGGUUUACUGCACGUGCAAGUACCUCCUGAACGAGAAAGAGCUCGUAAUUCCCUUGGAUUAUUUAACAAGAGGCCUCUCCCUGUCCAAGCAGAGCAAAGUUCCCUGGAAGCAGCUCUUCAGAAAGGCGCCAAUCUGGGCUGUCAUCGUAGCUCAGCUUUCCACAUCCAGCGCAUUCUUCACUCUCCUCUCCUGGCUGCCCACCUUCUUCAAGGAGACCUUUCCUGAGUCGAAGGGUUGGGUGUUCAACGUAGUUCCGUGGCUGGUUGCAAUUCCCACGAGCUUGUUCAGUGGAUUUCUGUCUGAUCAUUUAAUAAGCCAGGGAUAUAAAACCAUCACCAUCCGUAAGUUCAUGCAGGUCAUCGGCUCAGGUGUGUCGAGCAUUUUCGCUCUGUGCCUAGGGCAGACAUCCAGCUUUUGCAAAGCCAUCGUGUUUGCCUCGGCCUCUGUGGGACUUCAGACCUUUAACCACAGUGGCAUUUCAGUGAACGUGCAGGAUUUGGCCCCCUCGUGUGCUGGCCUGCUGUUCGGCGUUGGAAAUACUGGAGGAGCUCUGCUUGGUGUCAUUUGCGUCUACUUGGCCGGUUGUCUCAUCGAAACAACUGGCUCUUGGGGUUCUGUUUUCAGCCUGGUGGCUGUUGUCAACAGCGUGGGCCUCUGUGCCUUCCUGCUCUUCGGAGAGGCCCAGCGGGUGGACACGGACUCUGCGUGUAUGGAGCUGUAG